AGGGCGUCUUCGCAGGCAGGGAUUCGGUUGUUAGUGUCAGACAGGUGCCUUUUCUUUGGAGUUUUCAUGACUCAGACGUGACUACUGACACAGCCGCUGCUGUUUUCAAGUUUCUGCGCGUCUCAUGAUGGCAAACCGAACCUGGCGAAAGAGGAAUCAGCUGCCGCACUGUUACCACGAGGGUUACCUGGAGAAGAGCACGCCUGAUGAUGAUGAGACAUCCCAAAAGCUGUGGGCAUGCUUGUGUGGAAACUCCCUCUUUUUCUUCAAUGAAAAGAGAGACAACGAUUACAUAGAAAAACUGGACCUGACUGGAUUUGUCUCAGUGAGAAACAUCAGUUCAGAUCAUUUCUCAAAGGCGGCCAGGUUCAGCCUCCAGCUGAAAAGUGGAACCACCAAUUUCACUGCCUCAAACUCAGAAAGUCGAGAGCUAUGGAAGGCCUUCAUUCAGUCUAUUGCUCAGCUGUCAGUACCUCCGUCUCUUACGCUGCUGCCUGGUCAAAUCCACAUGCUGAAUGAGGUAAUUGAGCAGGAAGAGGAGAGAUUGAAAAAUCUGCAAUCACCUUCCGCUGGUCAAAACACCAGCGUCCAUGCAGAUAUGCCAGCAUGUUACUAUCCCAUCUCCCGCAUUGAGGCGUCUUUGCUGCUCGAGAGAGAAGCUGCGAGAGGAAACAUGCUGCUAAGGCCCAGCAGGGAUGGAGCGUCCUACGCCAUUACCACAAGACAAGAACUUGACAGGGCUCUGUACAAACACUACCGUGUGACAAGCAGACCAGAAGGGGGUUUUGUGAUUGAUGUGAACAAUCCUGUCCACUGUGACUCACUGCAUGACGUGAUCACCCACUUGGUAGAACAGACGAAUGGAGUUCUGGUUCCUCUCAUCAUUGAGGGACCCUAUGAAAGAAAUUUCUCUUUUAUUGCUUCAGAUGCAGAAAGUGGGGAGCGAACUGAGAAGCCUUUACCAAACCUUCAGAGGGCGUUAAGGCAGGAUGUUCGGACCAUGUCGUCUCAAAAACUAGAGCCGAAUCUGACAGAAGAGGAGAGGGUGUACAUGAAUGACGAUCUGAUAGUGAUGCAACAAAAGAAGCCAGAUCUCCCUGUUCCUCCUCCACGGCCUAAGAAAGAGGAAACUCCAAAAAAGAUACUGAUGCCUCCUCUACCUGCUCCUCGCAGAGCCAGCUACAUCGCACCAUCCUCUGCCUCUCCAGCCAGUGCUGAGCUAAACACCAGUCCAGACUGCCCAAAACAGCUUCCUUUAGCAGCCAUAUCAGAGCUAAAGCUUAAACUCAACCUGAGGCCAGUGAUUCAGAAGUGAAGUGCUCUGACGGUCGGAAGCAUCCACUAAAAUCCUGUCCGACACUACAGCUUACAGACCAUCCAUGCAGGAACCCACGGAGACUGUUUCCUUCCUUUGCAUUGAAGCUGCACCCCUCCUCUCCAUCGAUUUCCCGUCUGAGAGGCCCCUUUGAAGAUUUACAUUUUAUGGAUUUACCUCUGGAACAAUCAUUGGCAAAACUAACUGGCUGUGGAGACGGAUGUUCUUAGCACAUUAUCUUCACUUUUCUGUUGUACCAUUUGCACAUUUGGCAGUGAUGGAGGAGCCCUUUGGUCAUCAGACUGGAUCAGUGUUGUAGUUUAAAAAGUCUGUAGAAUUCAACUGGAUCUUUUCAUCCAUGAGCUUUUGUGUGUCAUUUAGAUAGCACUGUUUCUAUGUACUGUCAACACUAAUCAACAUGUUAAUUUUAGCCGCUUAACUUCCUGUUUCUUAUUAUUCAUAAGUCUUAAGUGGAAAACUAUACUUUUGCUUUUGUUACAUCACAUCAGAUGUCACUAAGCAACGUUUGGUAUCUGCUAUGCAGCAGUUUAACAGUGAGAUUAAUCCGUUUUAUAGAGUUCUGUAGUUAGUUUAAUCUAUUGUUUUCUUGUUUUUACUUUAAACUCUUUGUUCCAGGUUCAAUAAUACAUCAAAACACUGCUCGUAUUCCUUUAUUACCUAAAUGACUGAUACAUUAUUUAGGAAAACUUAAAGUAUUUACAAUAAACUGUGAUGUUUUGU